AUGGCACCGCACAAGCACGACGCGCUCUGCGCGCAUCUACACGCCAAACUCCAGCGCUUCGGCGAGGCGAAUCCAGGGAGGAUGGCGGAUUCUGAGGAGCAGUCAAAAGAGCAGUCGCAGCAGUCAAAAGAGCAGUCGCAGCAGUCAAAAGAGCAGUCGCAGCAGUCAAAAGAGCAGUCGCAGCA